UUUGAGAUUCUGCGCGAAAUGGCGAAAACACUAUGCGCUAUAUUGUUGUUUACGCAAAUAUCUCUGCAGCAGGAUCCGAGCCCAGAAUCAACUGUUGGGUUCUGCCGACGGUUUGCACAUCAAUCUUGUGUGAUUGAUCGGCGAUUGUAUAUCGAUGGCGGCCUAGUUAAUUAUCAAACUGCCAAUGACGAUAGUCGCAACGUUACAAGUAAGUGCCAUUUUUCUUGCUGUGUGAACUACACCCCUGUCCUUCACAGUACGUUCUCAUAUGAUGUGAUAUAUAUGUCCAGGCUGACUGAGCUUCCACUCAAAGAUAAAUGGUUACUCUACAACGACCUCGAUAAUAUAACCACCAAUGACUUCCCACAGUUAAGAGCCAAACUUUCCAAAAACGCAUCCAUCCCAGAUGUCAGCGGUGGAGUACUGUGGGCGGAUUCGAUUAACAAAAGAUUCUACCUGUUCGGCGGGGAAUAUACGGAUGGCAGCACGCCUAAUGCCCCGAAUCUCCUGGCAUACGACGUCCUCAAUAACCAAUGGGACUCUUUCGGAUCUCCCAAGGAAAGCAUUCUUAGCGUUUCGUGGGGUAGUGGAGUAGCAGUUCCUGAACUGGGUGUGGCAUACAUACUCGGUGGAUGGCAAAGCAAUAACUCAGUACCCGGAUGGAGCGGUCCUCCAUUCGCCACCAGUCAUCUGGUUGAGUAUAAAAUGGAUAGCCAAGUAUGGCAAAACACCUCAGGGCCGGAUACUACACCAAAGGUGGAGGGGGUACUGACAUAUAUACCGGCUGGCGAGCGUGGUCUCUUGGUAUAUUUUGGGGGAGCCACGGUGUCUGAAAAUGGUACUGUUAUUCCUUCGCCAAUGAGCAAGAUUUAUUUAUACGAUGUUUUAAGUAUGAAUUGGUAUACACAGACAGCUAAUGGCGAUCUUCCUGCUGCGAGGAAGAGGGUUUGUGCUGGUGCGGUUUGGGCAGCUGAUCAUUCAUCCUAUAAUAUGUAUGUGUCAGUUAUUCCACUUCUAAGUGGAUGUCUUUACUGACGAUUAUAGAUAUCUAUAUGGUGGCCUUGGAUUUGGAACGAACUCUUCAGGUUAUGACGACGUAUACAUCCUAACACUCCCAUCAUUCCAAUGGAUCCGCUGGUGGCAAUUCGAAGGAGAUGAAGAAGGCAAACCCCACUAUUCCCUCACCUGCAACGUCGUCGGAUGA